AUGACGAAAACAGAAACAGAGAAAGAGAGAGCAGAAGCUCCAUUUCAGCAUAAAAUGUCAGGUGGGGUGGAUAGUUCAGCCUCCAAAGAUAUCACAGCAGAAAACCCAUUUCCCCCCAAGAACCAAAGACCCUCAUUCUUCCUCUCUUUCUGGCAAUUUUAUUGUCUCUCCAUAGCCAUAACCAUCUCUGCAAUCGGAUUAGUAAGCUUCAAAGACAUGGCCUUUGUAAUCUUCUCUUUCUUCUACACGUUUAUCUUGUCUAAAGUGGCCUUUCCUUUAACAGUCUCCACUCCAAGAACUCCAGUUUUCAAACAAGACAACAAAUGGCUCAAGUCCUAUAUCCAGGUUGCAGCAAUUAUAGGACUGUUAUUGCCCACUGGCUACAUUUUUGAGGGAAUUUUAGAGGGAGAUGAGGAAGGAGCUAAAUUUGCAGCACCCCAUCUUUUCUUGCUGUGUUUUCAAGUCUUCAUGGAAGGAUUUGCUUUCUCCAGUAAGUUUUCAUUGGGUGUCAGUGCUUUUGUGCCCAUCUCUUACAAUACAAGGAGGAUUUUUACACUGGUGGAUUGGGUCAGAGAUGAGUUUGGAAGAGAAGGGAUUGUGGGCUCUAUGUGGAGGUUACAAGCUGGGCAGUGGCUUGCUGUGGUUAAUUUAGUGUUGUGGUGUUUUAAUCUGUUCUGUUUCUUGCUUCCAGUUUACUUGCCACUAGCAUUCGAGCAGUAUUACAAGCCUAAGGUCUGA